AUGAAGGCAGCAUCCCGCGGAAAAGAAGAGGAGCCCAAAACUGGUGAAAAGUUGGAGGGGCGGCCAAUAAACCCCGACCAGGGGCAGCUGCCACCCUCCCCCACACAUUUCCCUAGGCGAGGCAUCUGCGUUGGUGGCGGGGCGCGCGCGCUCAGUGGCGCGCUGCGUCAACCGCCCCCGCCCCCGGAGGCGGCCGGGACCGGUUGGAGCCGGUUAGAACCGGCAACACCGCCCGCGAGCCGACGCCUCACAAAGGGAGGCGGCUCACGGCCAGCAUAUCCCUGCGCCGUGCCGGCGUGGGGUGUGGGGAUCGAGCCCCACCCCCACCCCCACCCCGGACUCUACUGA